AUGAUGGGCUUCCUCACGACAGGUACUUUGGCGCUUGCGAUCACUUUGGUCCUUUCCGUGGCGGCGGGGCAAGAUCAGAAGCCGCUGUCCGGCUAUGAGUGCACUCACCCUCCGUACAAGAUCCAUAUGGUUUCCAAAUCACCGCUGGUCAUUUACAUCCCCGAUUUUAUCACGCCCGCCGAGAGAGAACACCUUCUGGAACUAGGAAGCGAGACUUUCACGCAUUCAGGAGUAAUUGACGCGGCCGGCGGCAAGACUACCCAUCAAGUCCGCACGUCACAAAGCACCAGUCUGUGGAGGGAUGAUGUAGUCCGUUGCAUAGAGGAGAGAGCAAUAGCUUUCCAGGGCUACAGUGUCCCGAAGAAUCACAUUGAGCCUCUACAGUUGGUGAAGUACGGCGAAGGUCAGCGUUACCACUUUCACACUGACUGGUUCACCGAUCCCAAACACACCACGGCUUCACAGGGUGGUAACCGAAUUUCAUCGUUCUUUGGUUACGUUUCUGCGGUCAACGUCACGGGCGGAGGAACCAACUUUCCUUUGCUGGACGCGCCGCAAGACGAGCGCUGGUGCAAUUUCGUCGACUGCGACGAACCAUGGGAAAACGGAGUGACCUUUCGUCCCAUUGAGGGAAACUUCGUCUACUGGGAGAAUCUACUUUGGGACGGUAGCGGUGACCAGCGCAACUUGCACGCUGGGCUGCCUGUGGUGAGCGGACAAAAGGUUGGGAUGAACAUCUGGACGAGACAAGCACCACUGAGCAAGGAAUUGCGAGGAGACGAUUAG